GAAAAAAAAACAUGGACGAGUCGCAGCUGUACCCGCGAGAAAUCGAAUGCGAAGAUGGGACUUGUUUGAUGAUCCAACAAAGCUAUGUUGGAGAUGUUGGCUGCGUGGUUUGGGAUGCAGCAUUGGUGCUUUCGAAAUAUCUUGAAACAGAAGGAUUCAGCCGACGAUUUGGUGAGCUGAAGAGCAAGAGAUUGUUGGAGUUGGGAGCGGGAACAGGAGCAACUGGACUUGUCGCCUGUAAAUUAGGAUCCGAGGUGAUUUUGACUGAUCUUGAGGAGUUUGUACCACUCAUGGAACUGAACAUCAAAAACAACCAAAGUGCCCUCAAUGGUUCAGCCACAGCUAAGGUACUCAAAUGGGGUGAGGAUAUCAGUGAUAUAAACCCAUUACCAGAGCUGGUUCUCAUGUCUGACUGUGUCUACUAUCCUGAGGCCGUAGAACCUUUGGUAAGAACGCUCUGUGAUCUUUCCAAAGAUGGGGCUGCCAUUCUUUGCUGCUACGAGGAGCGGACCAUUGGACAAAACGCUGAAGCUCAUCAAUUAUUUGAUAAGCUGAUGGAACCACAUUUCCUGGUGGAGGAGAUACCCCGUCAGGACCUGGAUCCAGUCUACAAUAGUGAUGAGAUACAUGUUAUGUGGUAUAGGAGAAAAGAUGCGACAUUACAAGACCAACCUAGCUGAUCUUGUGUGAUGGACUGAACUAUUACAGGACCACCUUAGCUGAUAGGAAGACAUACAUGUAGUUGGACCUUAAAAGAACCUGGAUCUGGUCUGUAAUAAGAGAAAAGCUUGGACAUUAUAGGAAGAAAAUAAUGGAAGAGACAUUUGGACUUUGAUUUUAUGGACUGAACUAACAUAGAACCAGUUUAGCUGAAAGGAAGACUUAUCUGGACCUUCCAGAAUCCAGAUCUGGUCUGCAAUAAUGAUGAGAUACAUGUGAUGUUGUAUAGGAGAAAAGAUUUGGCGUUACAGGACCGAAAUAGCUGAUUUUUAGGACAUCUUUGGACCAUGAUGUGAUGGACUAAAGGUAUUAUAGGACCACCUUAGCUCAUAGGAAGAAGUAUUUGGACCUGAGGAAGACCGAGAUCCAGUAUAUAAUAGUUAUGAGAUACAUGUGAUUUGGUAAAGGAGGAACGAUGAGAUAUUACAGGACCAUCCUAGCUGAUUUGGAAGACAGAUUUUGACGUUGAUGUGAUGGACCAAACUAUUUAAUACAACACCACCUUUUUUAGCGAAAAGGAAGACUUAUUUGGACAUUUAAAGAUCUGGAUUAGGUAUUCAAGAGUGAUGAGAUACAUGUGAUGUGGUAUAGGAGAAAAGAUGUUACAUGAUCAGCCUAUCUGAAAGGAAGACCUACAUGGACCUUCAUGUGUAGGACUGAACCUAUUAUAGGAUCCCCUUAACUCAUAGGAAGACAUAUUAGACAUUCUGAUAUGCAUAGUUUAUUUCAAUAGUGGAAACAUCCAGCAACAAUUACUGUAUAUUCUUGAUUACUCCAAUACUAUCAUGUGAGUGAGCUAAUCAUGGACAUAUAAUUGCGCUGCACAUGGAAAAUCUUGGUAAAAAUGUUACUCUUCUCAUAUGCUCCUUGGUUCUUCGCCUCGCGGUCAUGUCAUCCUGUGGAUGAUAUCCUUUGGAUAUUUAACAGUUAUCUUCACUUUUUUUACAUCCAGCAUCAUUUAUAGCUUUUUUUGAAGAAUACCACCACAGGAUCACCACAUCACCUGAAGCACUGGCAGCACAACCCUCUCCAGGACAGCAUAUAAAAGAUUUGUUUUCAAGUGGAAAGUGCAAUAUUGAACUGUAAAGGACUUCAUGACCGACAUGUAGCUUUCAAGUGUCAUUCGAAACUCUUCUUCCUUGUGUGCAUGUGUGUGUGUUGGAUGGCACUGUUCAGCUCUGCUCGGCUCCAUCGCAUCGUAUAUCGCAAGUCAUGGGAAUUUCAGUUUCUAGUUUUGGAUUGGAUCAUCAGCUGACUUUCUUUCUCUCUUGGCUUGGACAGUGGUUCUUUUGCAGUCCUCUGCCCAGCACCAAGAUUUAAUGAAGAAAAGGAAGAGACUCUCUUCACAAAGUAAUAUUUGCGAAAGAAGCUCAAGUUCAUUAUUCAUUCAUGUUAUACAUUACAUGUAUAUCUCACCGUAUUGGUAUGAAGAGAGCGCAGGGGCAGAACUACAAAUUAACCCCAUGCUGCCUUACAGAUAACGUUGAUGAAUAUAAAAGAGAUAAAAAGGGUGUUGAAACGGCCUUCAGAUUUGUUAGAGAUCAUUUAACCCAUGCAUAUUCGUGGUGUGUACAGUGUACAUGUAGUUUAUGUAAAUGUUGUAUGGUCAGUGGAAAUAAACCUGCCAAUGUUGAGUUCUCAUCCAUUCAAAUUUGGAGUAACACCAAUUACAUGUACAUGUAUGUAUUGAUAUGUAUCAAUCAAACUUUGCUUUGGAUUUCAUGUACAACUUCAAGGGAAAAGGGAUCCCAUUAAAAUUCUAUUGUGAUACCAAGCCCAUGGUUUACACAUUGCACAAAACAGCAAAUUACGAUUAAAUUUUUGUGUCUCUAUUGCAUUGUAAUACCUUGGAUAUUUCUGUAUGGCCGAACUAAAGAUCUGUCAUAUAUUAAAUUAAGAUUUUUCUUCCAGAUGAGUGAGUGAGAGGCAGCUAUAAAAGGGAGUUUUUGUUCAGCAAUGUAUGGAGGAUUCAAGAUUAUUUCACUGAAAAAUGUUUUAAUAUAGUCCUUUGGUGGUACAAUUGUCCCAGUUUCUUUUGCUCAUUACAUGUGUGAGAAUACGAUGAAUGUUUUUGAAAAGGAACUGUUGUUAGAAAAAUAUUUGUUCUUUCUUUUUACACCUGCGAUGAUAUCACUCAGUGUACAAGAUGGAAGCAUCCAGUAACUGAUGUUAGCCAUCUACUAAGCAUGAAAGAGAUGAUCCACCAGCAUCAAGGACAUGUUACCAAUCUUGAAUGAAAUCAAUGUCUACCAUAGAAUGUCUGCUAUGAAACAGUUAUUGCUAUUUAUAUGAGGUUUGAUCCAAAAGAGACAAUGGAUUUCACACCAAAAUCUUCACAUACAUCUCCACAUACAUGUGGAGCGUUGUGGCCCAGUGCAUUAGUCUUCGGGACUUUGAAACAGAGGGUUGUGGUUUCGAAUCCCAGCCAUGGCGUGAUUUCCUUCAGCAAGAAAUUUAUCCUCAUUGUGCUGCACUCAACCCAGGUGAGGUGAAUGGGUACCCGGCAGGAUUCAUUUCUUGAAUGCAAGAGUGCUGAAAGGCAACUCGAGGUAAAGCCAGAAAAUGAUAACGCCUCGGAAUAUAAUAUUUCUAGAUAGAUGGCGCUGUAUAAAUGCCUAUUGUUAUUAUUAUGUAUGCACCCUCCAUCUUUUAUUAAUUAUCAUCCUAGUAUAUGUGAUAAAGAUGAUUGCCAGGGAUAUUCUCCUGACACCAGUCAUUAUCUACACUUUCUAUACGGUGUUAAUCAGAUCCUAAGUGUUAAUGGAAUAGAUUAUUUCACAUAGCCCAGGCAUUUGACACCAAACAUCAUCUUCACUACAUAUCUGGUAAUAAUAAACAUAAGUUUUCACAGAAGCAUUUACUUAACUACACCAUUCCUAUUUGACACCAAACAUCCUUGGUUGAGGGGGCAUCAUCCCCUCUCCCCCCCCCCCUUCUGUCCUUUAUAUACCUCUGAAAUAACCCAGUCCUUCGGGUAGAUGAAAAAGAGAAAAUGUAAUGUCACAAAAUCCUCAGUCCUGCCAGGGAUGUUCCUCUAUUUAAUACAUGAGAUUACCAUCAUGUAUAAAAUCAAAUUGAACAAACCAAAUGCCGGUUUAAGUUUAAUGCCAAUUUAUCCAAAACAUUUGUAAUAAGUGACUUGAAAUGCAUUCACUACUCGUGAACCUAUUUUUUAUGUGUUUAAUGAUAAUUUUUGCAGAGCUGCUACAUGUAAGUAGUAGAAUUUUAUCAUAUUUUUAGAAGGAUUUUAAGGGGAAAGUGAUGCAUAAUAAUAGGAUAUUUCCCAAGAAAUAGGAUUUUAUUUUUGAAACUUAUAAGAUUGAAGAUUUUUGGAAAAAAAUCAAAAUAUUAAAGAAUAAUGGAAUUUUAGGCUUAAAAAUAGGAUAAAAGAGGAUUUUUUUCACUACUAAGGUUAGCAGCUCAGCUUUUAUGUAGCUCCAUGGGGCAAGUCCCAGCUAUUAUCUCUUUGCCGUUCAAGAUAUCUGAAUAAUAGGCUUUUUCAUUAAUGGAUGUAUACUGUGUAGGGCAUGGUUGGAAUUGAUUUGAAAGUAGUGUGAGGCUUAGAUGGUGUAGUAAUGAGGCCUAGUAGAUAUUUAUGGAGUUGACUUUAAGGCAACCACAGACCUUGCAAUUUGUCUUUGACAUGAUUUUGGAAUAAAAACGGUAAAAUUUAAUGCAAAUAUUGAGACAUAGAACAUCUCACUGUUAAAUGUUCUAAAUCAUAACAAUAGUUGUAUUCAAAUAUGUGACCAUGCUUCCAUCUUUAUUUUUUUUUAAUGAAUUGAAUAUCUAAUUAUUUCAGUCAUAUGAAUGGUUACAAUUUGAAACCAGUUUGGCCUUUUCUUCAAAAUAAAAGACUUGCAAUCCUCCAAAAUUGUUCUAUUAGUAUUCCUACAGUUAAUUUUAACCUCUAACAAAUUCUUUUCAUUCACUUUUUCAGAAAGUAAGCAAAUAGCGAUAUGUUCUAAAAUUGGAUUGUGGACCAGUUGUAAGGUGUGCGGUGGUCUUUAGUUUGCAACUUUCUCUUGGUGCAGCUUGUAUUUGUUUUAUUUUGUGUUGACUGCUCUGCAAAAGUGGGUCCAAAGGUUUUCCAGAGUUUUUGCCUUUUGUGUUUUAUCUCUGUUUUUACUUGUCGUGGAAUUGUUCAACACUCCCCCCCCCCCCCCCCCCCCGCAAUAAUAAAAUAAUGAUACAUAAAAAUUCUAAUACUUUUUUUUAAUUACAUCAGUUAUUACACCAAGAAAAUUUUACUUGUAAAAAUUAUCGAAUCAUAUGUAUUGGUUACAAUUCUGCACUAGAGAAAACAAUCAUGUAUUUGGAGUUAUUAAUCUUUGUUCUAUUUGUUUGGCUGAUAGACAACAAUAUAACUGCUAUUAAUAAUAUUGUAUAUUAUCAGAUUAUUAUUAUUUUUUUGUUUCAGUUACAUGGAAAAUGCACUAGCAGAAUUGUUCUGGGAAGUGUUUCACAAAUAAAUGCAAUUUAUUACUUCGUCCAUAGAUCACAAUUACUUGCAGUUUAAUGAUCAUUUUUGUUAAAAAUUAAUUUUCCGUAUUCAUAUUGUACAUAAUGGGGUAUACAGAGGUCUGUGGCGGCUAUUUUGAAUAUCAAGAAAUAAAUAUUUUGUCAAAAGAUGUUUUUUUCAGAGAGUAUUUCACUCCUGCAACACUUACUUACAUUUUAUAGCCCAGUUUGCUGGCGAUUUUAUGGUUUUCAUGGGUGAAUAUACAUAUUUUGGCUCCAAUAUUGGAUUUUGCCAAUUUGCGGAAAAUGCUCAAGGUUACACGAGUGGCAUCAUUCAGAUUCGUAAUCAGAAUCCUCGAAUUGACAAGAAACCAUCCAAAAAUAUUGUAUCUAUGAAAAAACAAGGUUAUGCUUCUUCUAUCCUGGACUACUUGCCCGGACACAGGGAGGAAUGGAGUGAGAAUACAAUUAGUGGAUUAACUGGUAACUCAAAAGAAGAGGGGAGGAGGGGGUGGAAAUGAGGAAAGGAGCAGAUUAAAGGUAGUAAGGUGGGGGUUUGUUCAAGGGUGAAUAAGGAGACCUCAAACGAGAUUAUGGAGUUUUCGCUCCGCAACGCACAACCGGCUCAAGAACAGAGAAAAUGUAUUGUCAAUUGCCAUUCAUGACAAUGUACAUCCAAGAAGUCUUUGUCAAAAAACUGGAGAAUCAAAGCACCUUUGGACCUUGGACAAAUGAUAUAUUUGCAAUUUUUUGUCAGGUCCAAAACUGCUGUUCUGAUUCACCAAUUUUCAACAAAGACCUCCCAGCUGGUCUUUGUCAUUUGACGAUCAUUUGCAAUACAUUUGAUGUGUUCUUGAGCCUGUCGUGCAUCGCGCAGCAAAAACUACUCCCUGUUAACAGACCGAUUCACAUGGUAAGAAAAGGGGAAGGGUUUUGGUCAAAAGAAAGGGGUCGGGUGUCGAAAAGAAAAUAAUUUUUAAUGUGUAAUGUAGGUAAAGUUGCUCAUGAAACAGUGUCCAGUACCCCACCCUGUACAGUUAAAAAUAAAUGAUUGGUAGUGGCAUCAUAUAUUUUGUGAUUUUGUCAAGAAGACCCCAGCUCAGAUAAGGCUAUUGGCCAUUUUGUAAGGGAUACGGGCUUAAAAGAGGUCAGCUGCUAUGGUGACCGGUAGACUUCUUGGUUGCCAGUCCUUUUUUAAAUAUUUUUUUAUUUUUGAAUAAUAAA